CGGAAUCUUCUUCAAGUAGAAAAGCAGCUUCUGAACCUUUGAUUGGAGGGAUCUCAUGCAUCACUGAAGUGGAGGAACUUCCUGUAUCUUCAUGGGAUUCAGGCACUGAAAUAAGCAUUCAAAAGAAUUUGGAUGAUGAUGCUGCUGAUGAUGAUUUUGAGGAGAAUGGUGAUGUCAUUGCUGCUCGAGGACAGCAGGACCACAUGACGGAGGUGCAGAUGUGGCAACAGCUAGAGCAGGAGCUGUACGACAAGGACGGAGGUGGGACCGGUACGGUAAAGGAGAUCAGGGAAGAAGAAGCAGCUGCCAUUGCCGAGGUGGGCCAGAGCUCGGCAGAAAGCGAAUCUUCUGUUCCGGACACCAAGGAGGCACACAGAUUCUUCCCUCCCGGAAGGAUAAUGCACAUAGUGACCCUCGCGCCUGACGAUCAACAGCACAGUGAUGAUGCGAGCAAUGCUUCAGAGGACGACAAUGAAGAAGACGGCGGGGAAGAUGUAGGUGGGCCCGAGGAUUCGGGACUCGGGAUAUUUCUCACCCCCAGGACAUUGUAUAGCAAAAUAAGGCUGUCCCAGACCAUGAUCAGUGAUCAUUUCAUGCCUGUUUAUAGACGGCAAAUUGAGAAGCUGAUUAAAAAGCUUGAUGGAGACGACGACAACGAUGCGAAAAAGGAGAGUUCUGGAAACACGCGAUGUCCUUCCCCCGAAACGAUACACAAACUUUUAUGAGGAUGGAGACAUCAAUUAUAGAGGUUUUGGAACUUUGUAUAUACACACAGAUAGGAGUAAUUAGACACUUCAUUCAUAUUUUUUUAGUUGGUGAUUUGAUUAAAGUAUUGUAUUUGAGGUGUAAUAAGUUAUGUUUAAUCACUUGAACAGAACAUGGUAUUGAUUGAUUGAAUAAACCCGAAACCGGAUUUAGAUUUGAGUGGCAAUUAUGUGGGAAAUUUACCCAAACCGGAGUAGUACUAAAUCGUAAGUAGAUGA